AUGCUUGCUUUCAGUCAUCAAACGAUACUCCUCCGCUCAUCAUGCUUCAUUCUUUACUUCUCCAUCUCGAUGGCGGAGACAUACACCAAUGUGGCAUGCAACGCUGUCGAAGCCACAAUGGGCUCAUGUGCACAGCGUUGGGACAGUAUCCGUACUGAAUGCACCAGUUUCGUAACCGCAAACACCAUUUGGCCUGGGCCGUGCGAAUGUUCUUACUAUGCCAACGACCUACCUUGUUUCGACGAGCAGGCGGCGUGUGCGAAUCAGGUGUGGACACAGCUACCGCAGUGGUUCCGCGACGGUGUUACAAGUUGUUUGAUGAAGGAUGAGAGCUACACCAUACGAGCGCAGCUUGGUUCAGUGGACAAUCCAUUUUCAAUGACGGGCAUUGCGGGAAAUGCCACAAAAGCUACGGCGGCACAAACUGGUGAAGUUGCUCCGAGUCCUACGGUCAAUCCUACGACAGGCAGUUCCAAUGUGUCCACAGCUACGAUAAGUGGAGACAGUACGGUAUCCACACCUCUGUCAACGAGUACCAUAGUUUCAGCCAAUCCUCCAGGUAACGGGAAAGCGUCUUCUCGCGGCCUUUCGACUGGCGGCAAAGCCGGAAUUGGGGUCGGCAUCGCUAUGGGUAUUCUCAUCGCUAUUGUUCUCGCCGUAUGGCUCGCUAAAAGAAAACGGAAAUUACCUUCAAAGGAAGCCACCGAGACCGAGUCUGGAACAGCAGAGCUGCACAGCAACGAUGUGAAGAUAUACGAGACCGAGGUUGAGGCGUACUCAAAGCAUGAAUUGGCUGCUGACACAAGGCCCGAACUGGAUAGGAAUCACCGGAGCGAACUUGAUGGGCGUGCAACGAGCGAGAUACUGGGAAUUAAUGCCCUUCAUGAAGUGGAUGGACAGCCGAGAGACGGAACAAGUGGAAGAUCCACAGAGAGAUGGGAUUAG